CUCUAUCACGUUCUACAACAUUAACUACCCACCAACUUUUUCUACCUCCCACCAAAAGCGCCAAGAUGAUUCUCGAGGCUCCUCCUCCGCGACGCCACAUCUCCGGCGCGCCCAUCUCCCUCAGCGACGCAUCCGGCAUCCUCGAAAAGUACCUCUCAAAUUCCGAAACUCACCCACACCUUCACCCCGAUGCGACCAUCACACCAGAAGGCGUCGCAUUCAAUGCGCAAGGCGGUGCCAUGGGCAAUCCAAUCAUGCACCACUUACGCCGUGUAGCAGCGGGUUUGCGCGGCGAAUACCAAGAGCCAGAGCGAGCGCUAGACAUGGAAGAGGACCAGCAGGAUUUCACUGCCGAUGUCACUGUCAGUGGUGGAAAGGGCAAGACAGGCAAGAAAGCGGCGGGUGCCGACGAUGAUUGGCAAGAUCUAGCUUCAUACCAAGCGGAGCAAGGCGAUAUCGAAAUCGGCGAGAUCGGCGACAGGACGAAUGUUGUACAAGAGGGUGGUGAAGAGCCCCAAGUACAGUCUCCCAAGAACAAGGACAGGAAGAAGAGGAAGAACGAGCAGGCAGAGGAGCCGGUCGUAGCGGAUGGUCAGAUAGACAAGGAGGCGCGGAAGAAGGCGAAGAAAGAGCGAGAUCAGCAGAGGAAGAAAGAAAAGGCCGCGAAGAGCAAGGCGACCGAGUAGGGCUAUCAGGCAUCACGACCUCGAGAGAUACACCUGCGCCCAAGCUGCAACGAGAUCGAAAGAUAUACUGGCCAUUGCAUUCGAGCUGUAUUCUACGAAUUUCUUAUCGCAUUCGCGACUGCGCGGUCAUGUACCCAUGACCUUUUAUACCCGAUAUUGUACAAAUCCUGAUCGAGAUCCACGCCUACAGUUCCCGAUCCGCUGCCUUUACAGGCUUCUCGUCGUCCUUCGCCUUAUCCUCUG